UCGUUUUACAAAACAAAAAAAUGGAGAUUUAUUCUUGUGACAGUGAUACUUGAUAGCGUUGCUUCUACGAAUAAUUAUUGGCUAAUAUUUGUAAUGAGCAAACGAAUUAGGCUUUACACGUUAAUACCUCAUAUGAAACGACUGAACAUUAUUUUUGAGCUCUUCAAAUUUUGAAAAAAAAUUGACAAUUGACGUCCCAACUUUAUAUAAAAUGCUCUACUUCAUGUAAGUAAAUGUAACCUUUACACUUAUGACGUAUCUUGUCGACGUUUGACAACGAAAAUACACUAUAACAAUAAAUCCUGUGAAAAGUUGAUUAAAAAACAUUUAAAAACCUGGUAUUUAGUUGAGGAUCUUCUUGAAGAUGAUUAAUUUACAACGUCUCUCAAGAACUUUCGGGCAAAGGAGUAUAUUUUUUACACGACAUGCUAAGCUAGCAAGAAAUGCUUCCACUUUGGUUGUUGCUGAACACAAUAAUGAGUCUUUAUUGCCUGCAACUCUGAAUGCUAUUACAGCAGCAAAAAAAGUUGGAGACGAUGUGAGUUGCCUUGUUGCUGGAUCAAAAUGUGCACCGGCCAUUCAAGAAUUAGGUAAAGUUGGUGGAAUAAAUAAAAUACUUGUUGCAGAAGAUGAAGCUUAUGGAGGAUUUCUCGCAGAGGUCAUGGCUCCUUUGAUUUUUGCUUCACAACAACAGUUUGGUUUUACACACAUUGCUGCUGCUUCAAGUGCCUUUGGAAAGAAUAUCCUUCCAAGAGUGGCUGCUCUGCUUGAUGUUUCACCAAUCUCCGAUAUCACUGCUGUACACUCCGAAGACACAUUCGUCAGAUUGAUUUAUGCUGGUAAUGCUGUGACAACAAUUAAAUCAAAUGACAAGGUCAAAGUUUUCACUGUUCGAGCUACAGCUUUUGAGCCUGCAUCUCUUGAUGGCAGUGGUGCUGCACAGGAGAAUGCUCCAGAUGCAGAAAAAGUGAAUGCUCAUUCUGAAUUCAUAAAUCAAGAACUUAGUAAGAGUGAUAGACCAGAGCUGACAAGUGCUGGUGUUGUUAUAUCUGGAGGUCGUGGUAUGAAAAAUGGUGAAAAUUUUCAACUUCUUUAUGACUUAGCGGACAAACUUAAUGCUGCAGUUGGUGCUUCUCGUGCUGCUGUUGAUGCUGGCUUUGUUCCAAACGACAUGCAGAUUGGACAGACUGGAAAAAUGGUUGCUCCUGAGUUGUAUAUUGCUGUGGGAAUAUCUGGUGCCAUUCAACAUUUGGCUGGCAUGAAAGAUAGUAAGGUUAUUGUAGCAAUCAACAAAGAUCCAGAGGCGCCUAUUUUUCAAGUUUCCGACUAUGGACUUGUUGCAGAUCUAUUUAAGGCUGUUCCUGAGUUAUCAGAGAAGUUAUAAGAAAACCACUUUAAUGCUCUCUAUAAGAAUAGAAAGCAAAAUUGAACUAAGAUGUAUUUUUAUUAAACUGUUAGCUAAGUGUUUCGUAUGAUAAAAAAGUAGAGAUUGCGACAACUAAGAAUCGUCUGGGGUUAGGAUUGACUAAAAACGUGGAUUGACAAUUUUUAACUAUUUGUUGUAAAAUUAUUAAUUUAACAAAUCUGCGCUCAUGUGUUUAACAUUUUGUGUAAGAUGGCACCUUCCUGCAUUAAUCUCACACACAAUAAGCAAACAGAAUCUCUGCAUAGCCUUACAUACACAACAUUUGUUAUGUCAAUGUCUGUUCUACGUUCUAUAAUAAUGUUCCAUUCAUGUUCUACGUUUAAUUUUAAAGUGAAGACAGUAAUUUUUCCAAUAUGUUAAAAGUUUGCCGUGUUUUUUUUGCGUGUAGUCAGAUUUCAUGAAUAUUUCAUAAAACUAAACUUGUCACUUCUUGUGGUUAUUCAUUAACGGUUAAUUUAUUAAAACCUUCGAAGAAAAA